GCCUCAUCCUAUAUGUGUAUAAAAAGGUGGAGGUUAACAGGAACACAUAUCAUUCCCAAAAUCAGCCACUAUCUCUGCAAUUCCCCAAAUUAAUAAACCCAUUAUUGUUUCCUUUUCUAAAGUUAGAAAAUGGCACCUAAGAAAAUGGCAACUAAUGAUGAUAAUAAGAAUGCUAUCACUAUUCUGAGCAUCGAUGGUGGGGGAGUGAGAGGCAUUAUCCCCUCAGUAAUUCUCGAAUUUCUCGAAAAGGAGCUGCAGAUUUUGGAUAACAAUCCAAAUGCUAGGAUUAAAGAUUACUUCGACUACAUUGCUGGGACAAGCACUGGAGGCCUGACAACAGCCAUGCUUACCGCAGCAAAGAGUACUACUCAUAACGAAGAAAAUCUGCCUUUGUUUACUGCAGAAGAGAUUACCGACUUCUAUCUAGAGGAGUCUAAAACUAUCUUUCCCCAAAAAACAAUGUUUGAGGCUGUUAGAAGAUCAGCAAUUUCCAUAGUUGAAAGUAGCAAUGAAAAUUUGUUAACGAAAGCAUGGAAUGGUGUCAAGUCGUUGUACUCACAUUGGCCGAUAUGGAAUAUUAUAUCUUAUUUUGUUUUACCCGUCCACGAUGGUGUCGGACUUCGUAAAAUAAUCAAAGAAAAGUUGGGACAAAGAAAGCUAAAAGACUCACUCACCAAUGUGUUUAUUACAUCCUUUGAUAUCAUGCGUUUCCGACCAGUCAAUUUCUCCUCCCAAAAGGCAAAAUGUAAUCCACCAGAUGAUCCGUUGCUGUCAGACGUGUGCAUUAGCACGUCAGCGGCUCCUUAUUUUUUACCUCCACAUCAUUUUAAGCACGAAAAGCAGCCUUUCAACUUCGUUGAUGGUGCUGUUGCAGCCAAUAAUCCUACUUUGUUUGCAGUUAAUGAGGUGAUGAAGGAGGUUUUCAAAGAUAGGAACUUGAAUUUCAAGGAUCUUAGUGACACAAAAUUCCUAAUCCUUUCCCUCGGAACCGGAACAUUCAAGAGGAAGCACGGAUUAGAGGUUGGAAAGUUUCCUUGGGGACUUUUUACUUUGUUCUUUGGGCCUCCGGGUACUUACAACAGCACCCCUUUAAUCGACAUUUUCACGAGUGCAUCGGAUAGUAUGGUUGACAUCUACAUGGAUUCUUUCUGCCAACUCCUCGGCAUCAAGCGUGACGACUACCUUCGGAUUCAGGAAGAUGACCUGGCAUAUGAAAUGGCGACCACAACAUGUAACUCAAGUAGAGAACAUCUUAAGAAUCUUAAGAAUAUUGGUAAAUCCCUCCUGAAGAAACCCGCUACAACAUUAAACAGUGAAACUGGUUUAUACGAACCAGUCGAUGGCAAGACCACAAAUGAAGAAGAACUUCGCGCGUUUGCUAGAAAACUGUAUGCUGAAAAGAAUAAGAAGGAGAUGAGCAGAUCUUUAGCUGUUUCUGAGGAUAUGAAGAGAACUUUAGCUGGUUGUGAGGAGAUGAGCAGACCUUUAGUUGUUUCUAGAGGAUGUGACAGCCUCGGUCACCGUAUGCCUAUAUGCUAAGUGAUUUUAAUUAUAAAUAAGUGCUGGUUAGAUAUGCCAUGCAUGUGCUCAAUGUCUGUGAGCCAAGUUGUUGGAAGUUCAUGUCAGUUAUGUGGAAGCUGUUCAAUGUUAAGUCUUGUUUCAUGUAAAACUAUAUAUUGAAAUAAAAUAUGGUAUUUGAUAACUUUAUAUAAUAA